AUGACAAAAUCGUGCACACUCUGUUCCACACCCAGGGAUAUCCUCAUCCGCUGCCAAAUUGACGAAACACAAAAAUGGCAUUUCGUCUGUCCUGGUGCGUGUUGGAAGUCUGUCUCUGGAGGUGUAGAAGAUGCUCGUGGUUUGGAGGGCAAAUAUCCAUACUAUAGAUAUGGUGGUAUGUGGAAGGAUAGAAGUGCUGAUGGACCCAUCAGUGCAAAGAAACCGAGAAAAGUCAAGGAGAGGCAGAAGGAAGAGAUGAAGAAGAGGGAGGAAGGGAAGGCUGAGGCAGAAGCACAGGAUGACGAGGAAGGAAGCACUGACUAG